UCGCAACUUUACAUUAAGCUCUCACGUCACGUGUUGUGUGUUGUUGUCUCCCCUCAUUCGUAAACAAACACAAACCUAAACAACCUGUAGUAUUCUAAACAAACUACAAGAUUUUCCAAUAAUUUAUAUAAUUAAAAUAAACAAAUACGCUAUAAAAAUGAGUGUUUCAUUUAUAAUUUCACUCCUAGCGCUGAACAUCCUCUGGAAAGACUCAACAAAAGCCUGCUACGUAUUCCCACCAGAGCAGCGGGAUCCUUGCAAGGAUAAGCAAUGUGGGUUUGGAGCAAGCUGUGUGCCAUCCCCGGAUGGACACACGGCAACGUGUCGAUGUCCUACAUCCUGUCCCAACUAUGGGGAUCAUGCCGGCUCACGUCCUGUUUGUGGAUCGGAUGGAGUUGAUUAUAAAGAUAAUUGUGAGCUUAGAAGGGCUGCAUGUGUGAAAAAUUUGAAUAUUACUGUGACAUUUCCUGGAAAAUGCGAUCCUUGCUCAGGAGUUGAAUGCUCUGAGCCGGAAAUUUGUCAACUAAACGAUCAAAGACUUCCGGUUUGUCGAUGUGGUGAUACUUGUCCUCUGGAGUUUAUUCCUGUUUGUGGUUCGGAUGGGAAAACAUAUUCUAAUGAGUGUUCAUUAAGGCAGGAAACUUGCAGAACUAGGAAAAGUUUAAAUAUUAUUUAUAGAGGAAAAUGUAGCUCAGGAAUAAACCCAUGUGCAAGUGUACGUUGCACCCUUGGUGAGCAAUGUGCAAUCAACAAAUUUGGGAUAGCUCGUUGCGAAUGCCCUCCACCUUGUGAACCUAUUGUACGUCCAGUAUGUGCAACAGAUGGCAGAACUUAUUCCUCAGAGUGUGAAUUACGUAGAUCCGGAUGUCUCUCAAGAGUACCCGUGAAUAUAUCUCACAUUGGUGCUUGUGGCCAUGGUAAUAACAAAGGAAGUGUCAGUUCAACAGCUUGCAGUAAUCAUCAAUGUCCUCUUGGAGCGAUUUGUGUUGAGAAAGAUAACAGGGCUAGUUGUGAGUGUCCGCCAUUGUGUUCCGCUGAGUUUCGUCCUGUUUGUGGUAGUGAUGGUAUAACCUAUGGGAAUGAGUGUAAACUACGAAGGGAAGCAUGUGUACAUCGGAGGGAAAUCACUGUGUUGUAUCAUACUUCCUGCAAUGGUUGUGAAAGUAAAAAGUGUGAUCAUUACGCCAUCUGUGAGAGUGAUGGUUCAACGGAAGGAAGAUGUGUGUGUCCUCAAUCAUGUAAAGAUGAAAAGUAUAAAAAUGGUACCAUCUGUGGUUCCGAUGGUAAAACCUAUCCUAAUGAAUGUGAACUCCGCGUAAUAUCCUGUCAAACCAAACAGGACAUCCAACCUAUCUACAAAGGAGACUGCGAUCUCUGCUUAGGUGUUGAAUGUAAAUAUGGCGCACGGUGUGAAGCCGGAGUCUGUGUCUGUCCCACAAACUGUGAAACCUCUGGAGUUGAACCUGUCUGUGGCACAAACAUAAUAACAUACCCUAAUGAAUGUGAGCUUCAGAAAGCUUCUUGCCAACAAAGGAGUUUUAACGUCAAUCAACCUAUAACUGUUGUGUUUUAUGGAGAUUGCAGUGAAAGAUUUCCAGGUUCACCUGGUCACACCACUCAUUCUCCAAUUACCCACCAGGUACAUCCAGAGGUGUCUAAUCCAAUGGUGCAUACCAACUCAAUCCAAAUUUUGGAACCUGGUACUCCCGGAAUACCAAAUGCAGCUGUUCCUGUUGAAGGUGAAGCAUGUAGAGAUAUCCAUUGUGAUUUUGAAGCAACCUGUGAAUUGGGUCCUGAUAACUUCCCACGUUGUACUUGUCAAUUUGACUGUUCCAACCCAGCGUUGAUUCUGAAUGCUAAACCAGUCUGUGCUUCUGAUCUACGUAUUUAUCCUUCUUUAUGCGCUAUGAAAAUGGAAGCUUGUCAACGUCAGGAAGAACUACGUCUAAGACCUUUGGAUCUAUGUCAGGGAAUGGAGGUAAAACCAUGUAAUGGAGAUAAACCACUACUGGAUCCUUUGACUAAUAAAGAAUUGGAUUGUGGUAAUGGUCCAUUGAGGCAGGAUUGCCCUUCAGGGAGUUAUUGUCAUCAAACUGCUAGGUUUGCAAAGUGUUGUUUGAAGGAACAAGUGCAGAUGAAGAAGACCUGUGAUGACAGUUGGUUUGGGUGUUGUCCAGAUGGUAAAACACCUGCAUCUGGACCUGAACAACUAGGUUGUCCUCCGAUUUGUGGAUGUAAUAAACUUGGGGCGUAUUCGGAGGUAUGUGACCCUAUUACUAAAGAUUGUAAGUGUCGACCUGGAGUUGGAGGGGAGAAGUGUGAUCGUUGUGAACCAGGAUACUGGGGUUUACCUAAAAUAUCUUCUGGACAUCAUGGGUGCAUACCAUGUGGAUGUUCUACUUUUGGAUCAGUCCGUGAAGACUGUGAGCAAAUGACAGGCCGUUGCGUAUGUAAACCUGGUAUCCAAGGUCAAAAGUGUACCGUUUGUACAGGUCACGAUAAAAUCCUUAGUCCCAAUGGUUGUGUUUCUGCUGAUUUAAGCACACCACCUCCAUCAAGUUGUAAAGACCUGACCUGUCAUUUUGGGGCUGCUUGUUUAGAACGUGGGAGAUAUGCUACUUGUGAAUGUAACACUGAAUGUGAAGAAGGAGCCAAUCCACAAAUUGUUUGUGGGAGUGAUGGACAAACAUACCCUUCGGCUUGUCAAUUAAGGCAGAAAGCUUGUAAAUAUCAGAAGGAUAUUGUGGUUCAAGCAUUUGGUACCUGCAAGGACCAAACUGGGACUUCAAAAGCACCUAGAAGAUAUACAUCAUCAGAUUCUAAUCUUGUGAUUAGCAAGUAUACCAGACACGUGGAUGGUUUUCAAGAUACAAAAGAUCCUGUAUAUAAAAGUGCUCAUGACAUAACCUCAAAUUAGUAAACAAUCAGAAAAACGUUUAAAAAUAUAAAUAAUAACUAAUAUGAAAUUGUUUACAAAAUA